CGGGAAAACUGAAAAGGGACGAAGCCGUCCUGCCAAAGUUCUUUUCAAUUCACCAGCUUCCCGCAGCCGGACGCACUUGCUCCGCCAUCUAAAUCCCCGUAACCAAAAUGAAUGCCAAGCGUGUGAAAUACGCCGCGGUGAAGGAGGAAACGGUGCUCAUCCAGCACGAUCCCGAGGUGGAGGAGCACGAGGAGCAGGAGGAGGAGGAGCAGCUGGAGGAGGAGCACCACCACCACCACCACCACGACGACCACGACGACCAGGAGACCCACUACACCUAUGCCUACGCCACCGCCGACGACGACGACGUCACCGAAACGGCGGUGGUCACCCUCAGCGACCGGGAGCACGAGGCUCUGGCCAACGCCCAGGAGGUGAUCAUCGACGAGAACGGCCAUGCGGUGACCCUGCAGCAGCUGGUCGAGAACAGCACCGUCGAGGAGGUGGAGACCAUCGAGCAGGGCGACGGCACGCACACCAUUCUGCACAUAGUGCCCAAUCUGCAUCACGCUGGCGGAGAGGAGGAGGAGGAGCUGGACGAGGAGGAGGACGGGGAGGGGGACCAUGAGCUGGAGGAGGGCGAGGAGCUGGAGCAUGACGACGAGAUCGUCACCGUGGAGCAGGAGGAGGAGGAGGACGAGGACGACGAAGUGGGCUCCAUCGUUUUCGAGGGCACCAUCGACCAGGCCGAGCAGGAUCCGCACUCGCGGAACAAGACCUUCUACUGCCCCAACUGCGGCAAUUGCUACAGUGCCGCCGGCUCGCUGAAGCUCCACAUGCGCGCCUGCCUGCGCCAGCGAAACGAGGUCUCCGCCGAGGACCGCAAGUGCAAGGUGUGCAGCAAGGUCUUCAAUUCGGUUGCGUACCUCAAGGAGCACAUGAUGCGGCACACGGGCGAGCAGCCCUUCCGCUGCACGCGCUGCUAUCGCAAGUUCGUCGACGAGACCAAGUACUCGGCUCACAUGGAGUCGCACAAGCAUCAGGAUAAGCUGGAGGCCGAGGCGGUUGCCUUGGCUGCCGCUCAUGGCGGCAAGAAGGUGGUGGUCAAGGAGUUCCAGUGCGCCUUCUGCUCGCAGAACUUCACGGUGGUCUUCGAUGUGGGCCAGGUGAAGCGGCGCUAUGCCUGCGACGCCUGCCGCGACAAGUACUCCAAUGCGGAGGCACUGCGCCAGCACAAGCAGCAGGUGGAGGAGAAGCGCGAGUUCAGCUGCGAGCGCUGCGGCCGCAAGUUCGUCUUCGAGGGCUUCCUGCAGCGCCACCUGCCCACCUGCGAUGGGAGCAUCAAGCGGCGCAGGGACAUGAAGUAGGAGGAGCAGCAGGAUCACCAGAUGGACACCACACACACUUGCUUUUUUCGGGGCCUCAACGAGCGAGCCUUUGUUUCACACCACCCACAAUCCACACAUGUUAU